GCUGUCUAGAAAGGAUGCGAUACUCGCCGGUUGCUGCUGGUCUAUGGAGGCGUACUUCCGUUCAUUUUAUGUUACGUUGCUGACCUGCAGGUGCUGAGGGAUAGCGGGUUUGGCAUCAGCACCAGCCUCGUAACAAGAAUAGACGUAAAUACUUCAUUUCUUCGGAAGAUGGUAGCAAAACAGAGGAUCAGAAUGGCAAAUGAGAAACACAGCAAAAACAUCACACAGAGGGGGAACGUUGCGAAGACGCUGCGACCGCAGGAAGAGAAGUACCCUGUGGGGCCCUGGCUACUGGCUCUAUUCGUGUUUGUUGUUUGUGGAUCAGCCAUCUUUCAGAUCAUACAGAGCAUCAGAAUGGGCAUGUGAGCCUUUGACCUUUGACCUCAGCGGAGUGUCUUGCCCCCGGGGACCAGGGGAGGCUGUUCGCUACAGAUUGGAGGGGAAGUGGAGGUUCCACCCGGAUUUUCUCACAGGCUGUGUGUGGAAAAGAGGAACUCCUUGUCCAUGACAUCACCAUUCAUAUGCUGACAGUGCCCACAGCUGAAGGGACAGAGUGCUUUUAUACUGACUCUGUAGUCAAACCACAUGGGGGGCUGGUGUUGGCCCUUGACUUGUUUUGCCAUUCCACUGGUUACUGUCCGUUUGUGCCAUUAAGUAAGUGAU